GGCUCUCUCUUCCACCAAAUAGUCCAUAUCCAUUUUGCCCCACAUACACGACAAAUAGGGAAAAUAGUCCCUUCUAUUUUGUUAGUUGUACAAGCAAAAGCAACCAUAAUUUAAAGCUUUUACACCUUUAACCAACUCCUUUUGGGCCUCACUACAACAAAGCUAAACACUAGAAUCUGCUGCUUCCACCAGAAUGACGAGUUCUAUGGGGACCCACCCUCGUAUCUGCUCAUUAGGAGGUCCAGAGCAUAUUUUGAAGGAAAGAAGUUGCAAAAUUUCAUGUUUACGUUAUACGGAUGUAGAAUCUUCUUGGAAAGAAUUGUUUCCUUCAAAAGGUCAGAAGUUUAUUAGCUGCCGCCACCUAAAUACUAGAAAAUGCUGGUCAAUUUUUUCUGCUGCAACCGAUGAUGCAAAGGAUCCGGAUGACUCAGAAGAUAAUAAGAAACCUCCCGAAAAUGAAGCUGGAUCAGCAAAUAGUGAAAAUUUAAGGGGUAACCUUGAAAGAAUCAUCGGGCGUGAUGACUCUGCUUUUAGUGGAAUAGAUCUUGCAGCUCUGAUAAGGAAUAGAUAUGGAAGGUCCUAUGAUGUUCAAUUGAUUAAGAAGGAAUUCAUGGGGAAAAAUCUGCUUGCUUUAAAUGUUAUGUGGAAAUACAGGGAGCAGCGAUCUUUUCCUCUAACUGAAGAAGAGUACUUAUUGAGGCUAGAUGAUGUGGCAAACACAUUGAAAUGCUGGGGAGCAGUUUCGCAUAUUCGAAAUAGCCUCGAGAAGGUGAAAGAGCGGCCUCGAAUAGGGAAGGCAGUGAGCAUUUUCAUUGAUAUGGACGAAUCUGGAGGCCGUGCAAAUGAAUGGAUUUACAAGUAGACCAGUACAUUGUAGUCCCUCCCUGUUGAUAGUUAGCAAUACAUAGGUAGAUAUAUAGUACAAAGUUGAAGAAACACUUGUAUUCUUUAUUAGUUACUACUUUGUGCAUACACAAUUUUUUAUAUUGUUCCCAUUUGAUGGCAACUCCCCUUUUCGUAUAAUUUUGGUGUUCACUUCUAAAAUGUCAUAGCUAAACCAAAGUUAUGUGACAUCUUCUAUUAUUCAACUGAGAUCACUCUGUUCUUUCUA